GCAGCGGCACAGCUGUAAACAGGGACAAGACAAGGAGCCUCCACAAUCACCCUCUUGCACAGCGCCGGAGAUAAGGGAAAUAUUACCUCCAGACAUGAAGACCUUCCUACUCUUUCUCCUGCUUGUCCUUAUAGGAGUGUCGUCUUCAAAUGCCGAGGUGAAUUUCAUCCAUGAGAUGGGGGCCAUAUGACCUCAGUACCAAUCAAGGACAUCAGGAAGGCCCACAAUUGCACAGCAAUAGAUAUCUGCCAGGAUUGUUUGGAUGCAAGUUGUCACUGGAUUAAGUGUAAUAAUAUGGAGGAAAGCUGUCAGCAGAAUGAGGCUGCAGAGAUGUGUGAAGAAGCUCCUUGUGAUGGCAGCUCAACAACAGUUGCACCUCCUACCACUACAACAGAAGCCUCGACCACUUUGACACCUGAGUCCACCACGGAAGCCUCCACCACUGAUGGUCCCACUGACCCCACCACCACUCAGUCCACCACUACCACCACUACCAAGACCACCACUACCACCACUACCACCACUCCUAAGACCACCACUUCCACCACUCCUAAGACCACCACUACCACCACUGAGACUCCCUCCACAACCUCAGAGACCCCAACAACUGAAAUCCCAACAACUGAAAUCCCAACAACUGAAAUCCCAACAACUGAAAUCCCAACAACUGAAAUCCCUACUUCAACAACCGCUGAGCCUUCAACAACAGUUCCAAGUACUACUCCGUCCCCAUGUCCAGGUCACCACUUUGAUGCAGGCAGUUUCUUUGGUGGUAUAUUCCUUGCUAUUGGUGUCUUGGUUAUGUCCUAUGCUGGAUACCGGUUCUACAGGGCUCGUAAUGGCGGCAAUUACAAUCAGCUGCAGGAGACUCUCUACAUCUAGCUAAUGUGAAGACUGACCCAUCUUCAUCUGCCAUCGCCUGAAGCAUCCACAACUUCUCACAUUUUUGGAAUGGAAUGCUGGUAAAUGUUCACAUAUUUAUAUAUUUUUUUGUUUGUCCCUAGACUUAUAAUAUAUAUAUAUAUAUAUAUAUAUAUAUAUAUAUAUAUAUAUAUAUAUAUAUAUAUAUAUAUAUAUAUAUAUAUAUAUAUAUAUAUAUAUAUAUAUAUGUAAUAUUAAUGGACACUAUGAGUGCCAGUCAUCCAUAAAGAACAAAGUGUGGAAAAUGAUGAGAAUUUUUUUUCAAUAAGUACUUGAAAAACUAGUGUCUAGGUUAUCACUUCAUAUUGUUAAAAGUAUUUAGAGUUGAUGAUUUGAUUGAUUUUCUGAUCAUUCAAAUUGAAUGUCGGAAAUAAUGUCUGCAUUUUCAGUUAGCAUGUGAUUGUUUAGUUAAGCAGCACUCUGUAUAGCAUGUUACAUAGUAUAUAACUGUGAUAGAAUUGUAGCAUGUCUGUGAUAAGAAGAAUUGUAGCACUUGACUCAUGCCUUGGCCUUGUAUACUAGACAAAGUAUUCUUUUUACUCUUAGUAAUAAAAAAAAAGUUAUCAGUUACUACACUGAUUAUAUGAAAUUUGUAUUGCACAAGUAUUUCAAUUCUAGAGGGAUUUGGAGAAAUUAAACAAGAAAAAUUAUGACUGCAAUACAAUAGUUAUUACAUAUGUUGUUCAUCAUGACUUUCUACAAUUAACAUAUUGGCAGACAUUUUGGAAAUCCACUUCAUUUUUGUGAGUAUUAUGUUUCUAGUUUAGGUACCCUUGCAUAUUUUUUUUGUCAUUUACCCUUUUUAUUUAUCAUAUCUCAAACUUAGCUAUCAUGAGUGUGGUUUUAUCAUACGUAGUUUUGCUAAAAGGAGUUUCAAGAAUGAGUUAGUGAGUUGAGAAAAAUGAUGAUGAUACAUUGCACUUUGCACCUUCUCAUCUUCAUGUACAGAAUAGAAAACAGAUAAGAAAUAGCUUUUAUCUACUUUUAUAAGUUGACAUGAGAGGAUAAGUAUGGCAUCCCUUUUGUCUAAUAAACAACCCUUUGCCUGUUCUUCAAAUUUGCCUUCAGUUGAGCAGGGCACUCUUUACGGAGGAAGCAUACUCAACAGAAUUGUUUAAGCUGAGAAGAAUGAAAAAAUAUGCAAUGAUUAAAAACUACUAGUACAUAUACUAAAUGUACAAGGAAAUUUCAAACGGCUUUUUUUUUUUUUUUUUUUGCCUUGGAAAGGUAUAGAGCAUUCUGCAAUAUGAUUUUGACCUUGAAAUUAGUAAAUAAGAUAUUUAAGAAAUGUCUGAGCAUGUAGAAAUGGGGGCAAGUAUAUUGAUUUAGAUUCAAGGAAAUGACCAAGAAUGAGUUUACUGAUAGAGUAUUGGAUAAUUGCAACAAGCUCAGCAGUCAGGUGGUUGGUAUUUAGUAUUGAUUCAGUUAAUAGUGGUUGGUAUUUAGUAUUGAUUCAGUUAAUAGCUUCAGAUAGGAUCAGUUUUUGGUACCAGUACUGCAAGUAACUGCUUGGGGCUCCUUUGUAAGGAACACCAAGUAUUUAUUAUAAGAAAUGAAUAGUUAAUAUUGAACUUUCUGUUAGUGGGUCUUUACCAGCAACAUUUAGCAACACCUCAUUACUGUGCCACAUACAAUGAAGUAUUCAUUGUAUUUACAGGAGGUACAUUUGGGGGUCCCAAAACAUAUUCCUGCUUAGGGUUCCCAGAAGACUAAACCUGGCAUUUGCUUUAAAUGUAGGUUAGAUACAUUUUAUGUAUGGAGUUGAUUAGUUGUGGGUCAUAGGUUAACUGGGACCAUCUUGUGUGUCCUCCCAGACCUCUUAUAUAGCUUUAUAUAUGUUUGUAAUACCUGCUUCUGUACACACAUUAUCCAAAUAUGAGACACUGAUUUUUUUCUUAUUGUUGUUCUUUCUGAUUGUUGCAUCGUGUUUACAAUGUGCGAAACAUUAACACAAAAGAGGGAGGGAUGCGCACUGUGUCAUGCAUGUGCAGUCAUUUAUCACACACCAUUCUUGUUUGAAUCAAGAUUCAUUAGUUUCUACCAUUUGAUUCAAACCACAAGAUUAUAAGCAGGUUUUGCAUUUGGUCCCAUGUUUCCUUAGUCAAGAUUCAUCUAUCCAUUUUUCCUACACAAAAUUAACUUCAUUGACUGUAGGUUAACCAACUGUGGUGUUUUUAGGAAUAUACCUAUUUUCAUUCUUUAAUGGAAGACUGAUUUAUAGGUGUUUAUUGGAAGGCUGAACUUUUUUGUCUUUUUAGGCAUUUACUCACAAAGACAUCACCUUAAGUGAAGGAAACCAUUGUUGCUCUCUGAAAUUGUUUCUACCUGAUUGAUUAAGUACACUUGUCACAAAUACAUAUGGUACACAUCUCUAUUUAUUAUUUUGGUAUAAUAUUUAUUAGUAUUAGUAGAAUGACAAGUAUAUGUAUCAUAUGUGUGUUCAAAUGUUUAUAUGUUGAAUUAAUCAAUGCAAAGAUACCAGAAACUUUGCAUCCCUAUUUGAUAGUAUUUACUUUCAUUCUUACUCUAUCUCAUUAUUCAAAUAGAAUGUAGUAUCUAGUUAUUGCAAGCAAUGUCUAUGUUGAGUUGCUUAAAGUAUUUCUAGAGGUUGUGACUAAUAUAUAUGAUUCAAAGCUUCACAAAGUGUGAGUAAAAACACAUUUCUUCUGCAAUAUUUUAAUUGCACCAAGUGUUCCUUUUUUUUUUUUUUUUCAUCAUAGUAUUGAUGUGCUUGACAUUUAGAUUCAUACUGGUACAAAUCAAAUAUGAAGGAUCAUGUCCUUAUGUGCCUCAUUAAUGGUGCCUGAGAAAUGUUUCUUAUGGCUAGAUGUGUGACACUAAGUGUAUGAUAAUGCCAUUUGAGCAUAAGUUUAGGUGCUGAAUGAGUGUUUUAAAAAAUCUGCCUUAAAGUUAUCUAAACUCUAUGUAGGACUGUGCUAGAAUUAGAUUAAAUUUACUUCAAAGGCCACAAUAUAAUAAAUAUGAUAUAGAUAUGUGAGAAGCCAUUAGCAAAACAAUGAUAUGCGAGACUGAUAAUUUUAUCUACUUUAGUGUAAUUGAGGAUUCAGACCUACAUUCAGGUUUAAACCUCUGAAGCUUUGCAUCACAGGAAAAUACUAUAUGCAGUGGUAAUCACUGAAAAUAGUUCAGGCAUUAUCAGCUCACUCCUAUAGAGUCACAUAUUAAUAUUAGACAGUACAGUGGCUUAUAUAUAUGUGCUUCUAUUCUUAUUAAAUUACAUGAUGUCAGUAGCUUAUGCUCACUGAUUUCCCUUUUCAAGCAGAAAAGUUAUUUAUUAGGAAAAGUUGAUCAGCACCUUUGUACCUUUCUUUCUAUUACAAAUGAAUUAAAUACAAGGUUUUGGUAAUGUAAGGAAUGCUUCUUUGCUACUCAGCAUUAAUUCCUUGCUAAUAAAAUCAUGAAAUGGAUUGCUUUUGUAGCUGUAUCAGUGAUAUUUUAUUGCACAAUCCAAGAGAGAUUAUUUGUAGUGGUUGCAUGUGGAAUGGUUGUGAGCAAAAGUAAAGUGAUGAUAUUUAAACAUUGAAAUAAUGCUUGUGGUAGCCAUGCAUGAAAUAGACCUGGAGGAAGUGUAAUGACUGUGUGUUUAUAUUACUGUGGUGCUUAAAGGGGACUUAAAAAAGUGAAGAGUCCAUUAAAAGCAAAUUGAAGUGAACAAAUUGUUUAGAAUUUGCAUCACAAGUAAAGGUUACAUAGUGAAAAGGUCUGAUUACAAAGUAUCCUAUAAUAGUUAUGCCCUAGCAUCAUUGUGCUAUUUUCAUUCUUUUUUGUAAAUGUAACUUUGCCUUUGACAGUGACUUCAAAGCUAACCUAUAAUAUAUGAUGUGUUCAUUAAAAA